AUGAUUUACUCAGAUUUAAACAGAGAGAGGACCGAACCCGAAGCUGUUUGGAGUUACGAUGAUGGUAAGAUCGCUGCAGCUACUCCCGAUUUUAGCGACGGAUCCUCUCUUGUCGCACUUGAGUCCGAAUCUCAGCUCAAUCAAACGAGCAAAUCCUGGGGAGGAUUAUCGACUAAAAUAGAAGAAGUUAGGGUCAAGGAAGAGGAAGAGCCUGAUGAUUUAGGUACAAGGUUAGAAGAUCAAGAGGAAGAUGAGAUGUGCCCGAAAAGGAAGAUGAGAUGA